ACUGCUGUCACUAUUUUCACAACAUCCUUGGUUAGUGAAACAAACUAUUAUCAGGUGAAAGUAAAUUUUUCAUUUAUAAAAUAGCAAUAAUAACAAAACAAUUAUAAGUGCAUUUAAUAACAUCUUUAGCAAAAAGAUCACAAAGUUCCCGGUGAAAAAACUUAAUAUUUGUUAAUGUACUUACCAUACAAACAUUGAAUAGCUAAAGAAUGACCCAAAUAUAAAAGCAUUUGCUUCGCACGAGUCAGUAGUCAAUGGUUUCCGCCACCAUUCCACAACAUUUUCCUGUGAACUAUUUUGAAUUUUACAACCCCGUUUUUUUUUUGUAUUGGUCACUUGUUGCAAUGGAUAAGGAAAAAAUAAAAUUUAAUCAAGAAGAAAAGCGUUUGCUUAUUGAAUGUAUAAAAGCCUAUCCCAUAAUAUGGGACAAAAACCAUCCAGGCCAUAGUAACCGCAGAUUCAUAAAAUUUGCCUGGAUGAAUGUCGAAAAGCAAAUGAAUAUAAAUGAAUAUGCCUGCCGCGUUGCAUGGAAAAGUAUAUGUGACAGCAGACGCUAUUACAGAAGGAAGGCUAAUAAAUCUGAAUCGCAAAGUUUGCCUGAAGGCGGCUAUUCCUCCGAAGAUGAAUUUGCCAAGCAACCUCCCUUUGAAGAUGAAAUGAAAUUCAUGGAUGAAACAAUAUCUGAAUCAUCAGCAAAUAGGUUGGCGACGCAUUCCAAUAUGAAUGAAAUUUCCACGAAACAGAGUUCAUCACCACAUUCCCCAGGCAUGAGGAUGCAUUCCACAAUGAACGAAAUUUCUCGGAAACAUAGUAUAUCACCAUAUUCCUAUAGAAGCAAUAGCCCGAACUCAUCAACCCAGCAGACAAAUUGCUUGAGUGAAUCUAUGUUUGAUGUAGUUGAAAUUAUGGAGUAUCCAGAACCAAAACUGGAACACAAGUAUUUUCCCGAAAAUCAUGAAGCUCCAAGAAAUGUAGAUAAUGCAUCGCAUCCGUGGAGUGGUAAAACGAAUGGCCUUAAGAAACGUAAAACAGAGGAAACUGAUAAUAAAGCAUUUCUAACUCACCUAGACUCUAUUCUAAACAAACUUACUUUAAGUUCAUCGGAAGGUCUGCAGGCUAAAAUUAUGACCUUAGCAUAUGAAGAACUUGCAAAGCACAGAGGCUCGUAGAGGAAAAAAUCCUUUUGUUACAACAUAUAAUACAACAAAUUAAAUUAUAGUUAAUAAAUAUUUUAAAUUUUAA